AUGUCGAACAUUAGCAGAUAUGGUCCAAAUAAGGCACCUCAGCCGCCACCACCAUCACAGGUUGUCGUAAAGGACUCAGCUAAUAGUUUAAAGCAAGAGUUGGAAAAGCUAACUCAGAACGAAGCCUUGAUAAGGAAUGCUAUAACCGUUCUUCAAAACACAAUGCAUGAGAUGAAAAAAACUGAAAGCAAAAUGAAUGCAAACCUGACGAGUCAGAGAAGUAGACUGGAUUAUUUAUUUGCCUAUAUAAAUAAGACUAAGUUGGUGACAGAUCACCAUGGUACCAUACUUCAAGGACCACCAGGCCCUGUCGGUCCGCCAGGGGUCUUGGGCUUACAAGGGCCCCCAGGUCCCCAAGGACUUCAAGGUCCUAAAGGGUCUCCAGGGCCUCCUGGAAAAACCGGAAUCGCUGGUGCUAUUGGCCGUCAGGGACUUCCAGGUGUCCCUGGUCUCCGAGGUCCACAAGGAUACAAUGGAACUCAGGGCUUCAAAGGGGAUACUGGAGUACCUGGACCAAAAGGAGCCAGAGGACCUCCCGGUGUUCACGAUCUGAGCCUUUGUCAACAUAGGAGUAAUUCUUCAGUAACGACAAGUGGUCCAUACGCGAACACGGCCAUUAGCCGGGCACUUUUGGCGCCAGGGGUCUUGGGCUUACAAGGGCCCCCAGGUCCCCAAGGACUUCAAGGUCCUAAAGGGUCUCCAGGGCCUCCUGGAAAAACCGGAAUCGCUGGUGCUAUUGGCCGUCAGGGACUUCCAGGUGUCCCUGGUCUCCGAGGUCCACAAGGAUACAAUGGAACUCAGGGCUUCAAAGGGGAUACUGGAGUACCUGGACCAAAAGGAGCCAGAGGACGUCCCGGUGUUCACGAUCUGAGCCUUUGUCAACAUAGGAGUAAUUCUUCAGUAACGACAAGUGGUCCAUACGCGAACACGGCCAUUAGCGUGGUUGAAACAACU